AUGCCUAUUAUACUGCAUGAAAUGCUGCUCUUGAUAUUUACUCCCGAUACUGAGCGUGACCUGCUCCCGAUACCUAUUCCCAACAGUCGUGACCUGCUCCCGAUACCUAUUCCUGAUACCGAACGUGACCUGCUCCCGAUACCUAUUCCCGAUACUGAACGUGACCUGCUCCCGAUACCUAUUCCCGAUACUGAGCGUGACCUGCUCCCGAUACCUAUUCCCGUGACUUGCUCCCGAUACCUAUUCCCGAUACUGAGCGUGACUUGCUCCCAAUACCUAUUCCCGAUACUGAGCGUGACUUGCUCCCGAUACCUAAUCCCCGAUACUGAUAAAAUGAUGAGAUUUACUCCUGAUACUGAGCGUGACCUGUUCUCGAUACCUAUUCCUGAUACCGAAUGUGACCUGCUCCCGAUACCUAUUCCCGAUACUAAACGUGACCUGCUCCCGAUAUCUAUUCCCGAUACUGAGCAUGACCUGCUCCCGAUACCUAUUCCCGUGACUUGCUCCCGAUACCUAUUCCCGAUACUGAGC